AUGCUAAGCCCCGCUGUCCUGAGCCUCAGCCUGGCUGCUGCCCUAGGCCUCAGUACAGGGGCCUCCCUGUGCUUGUCACGACAGUUCAGGGUACAAGGGGACUAUAUGCUUGGUGGGCUCUUUCCCCUGGGCUCAACUGAGGAGACCACCCUUCAUCAGAGGACACAGCCCAAUGGCAUCCCAUGCACGAGGUUUUUAUCCCGUGGCCUGUUCCUGGUGAUGGCUAUGAAGAUGGCCGUGGAGGAGAUCAACAACAGGUCCUCCCUGCUGCCUGGGCUGAACCUGGGCUAUGACCUCUUUGACACAUGCUUAGAGCCUGUGGUCACUAUGAAGCCCAGCCUCAUGUUCCUAGCCAAGGCAGGCAGCAGCAGCAUUGCUGCCUACUGCAACUACACCCAGUACCAGCCCCGUGUGCUGGCUGUCAUCGGGCCCCACUCCUCAGAGCUCGCUCUUAUCACUGGGAAGUUCUUCAGCUUCUUCCUCAUGCCACAGGUCAGCUACAGCGCCAGCAUGGAUCGGCUGAGUGACCGGGAGACAUUCCCGUCCUUCUUCCGCACGGUACCCAGUGACAAGGUGCAGCUGGAAGCGAUUGUGAAACUGCUACAGCAUUUUGAAUGGAACUGGGUGGCGGCCCUGGGCAGCGAUGAUGACUAUGGCCGGGAGGGUCUGGGCAUCUUUUCAGGCCUGGCCAACGCACGGGGUAUCUGCAUUGCACACGAGGGCCUGAUAACAGUGCACCGUGCCAGUGACCAGCAGCCGAAAAAAAUGGUAGAUGUACUACACCAAGUGAAUCAGAGCAAAGUGCAAGUAGUGGUGCUGUUUGCUUCUGUGCAGGCUGUCUACUUACUGUUAAACUACAGCAUCCACUACGGCCUCUCACCUAAGGUGUGGGUGGCCAGCGAUUCCUGGCUAACCUCAGACCAGGUCAUGACACUACCCAGAAUUGCCCAAGUGGGCACAGUGCUUGGCUUUCUACAGCGGGGUGACCUGCUCCCUGAAUUUCCCCACUAUGUGCAGACCCACUUGGCCCUGGCUUCUAACCCAGCCUUCUGUGCCUCACUGGAUGCUGAAAUAGACCUGGAUGAACAUGUGAUGGGGCCACGCUGCCCACACUGUGACGACAUCUCACUGCCGGACCUGUCAUCAGGGCUAUUGCUGAACAUGUCGGCUGAGCAGUUAAACCACCAGGUUUUUGCCACCUAUGCGGCUGUGUACAGUGUGGCCCAGGCCCUCCACAACACCCUUCAGUGCAAUGCCUCAAGUUGCCCUGCAACAAAACCUGUGCAGCCCUGGCAGCUCCUGAAGAAUAUGUACAACAUGAGCUUUCAAGCUGGAAACCUGACACUGCAGUUUGAUGCCAGUGGGAGUGUACACAUGGAGUAUGACCUGAAAAUGUGGGUGUGGGAGAGCCCAACACCUGUACUGCACACUGUGGGCACCUUCAAUGGCAGCCUUCAGCUGCAGCACUCCAAGAUGCACUGGCCAGGAAACCAGGUACCAGUGUCCCAGUGUUCCCGGCAAUGCAAGGAUGGCCAGGUGCGCAGAGUGAAAGGAUUCCACUCCUGCUGCUAUGACUGCGUGGACUGCAAGGCAGGCAGCUACCAGAACUCAGAUAACUUCAUCUGUACCCUAUGUGGUCCGGAUCAGUGGUCCCCAGAGCAAAGCACGAGCUGCUUCCCUCGCAGGCCCAAGUUCCUGGCCUGGGGGGAGCCAGCUGUGCUGUCACUGCUCCUGCUGCUUGGCCUGGUACUUGGUCUGGUCCUGGGUGCCCUGGGGCUCUUUGUCCACUCCUGGAACAGCCCACUGGUCCAGGCCUCAGGGGGACCACUGUUCUGCUUUGGCCUGGUCUGCCUGGGCCUCUUCUGCCUCAGUGUGCUCCUGUUCCCAGGCCAGCCAAGCCCUGCCAGCUGUCUGGCCCAACAGCCACUUGCUCACCUCCCACUCACAGGCUGCCUGAGCACACUCUUCCUGCAGGCAGCUGAGACCUUUGUGGAGUCUGAGCUGCCACUGAACUGGGCAACCUGGCUGUGUGCCUACCUGCAGAGACCCUGGGCUUGGCUGGUGGUACUGUUGGCUAUCCUUGUGGAAGCAGCACUAUGUGCCUGGUAUCUGGCAGCUUUCCCACCAGUGAUGGUGAAAGACCAACAGGUCCUGCCCACAGAGACACUGGAGCACUGCCAUAUGCAUUCCUGGGUCAGCCUGGGUCUGGUGCAUAUCACCAAUGCCACACUGGCCUUCCUCUGCUUCCUAGGCACCUUCCUGGUGCAGAGCCAACCUGGCCGCUACAAUCGUGCCCGAGGCAUCACCUUUGCCAUGCUGUCCUACUUCAUCAUCUGGGUCUCUUUUGUGCCCAUCCUGGCUAAUGUGCAGGUGACCUACCAGCCAGCAGUACAGAUGGGUGCCAUCCUGCUCUGUGCUCUGGGUAUCCUGGCCACCUUCCACCUGCCCAAGUGCUACUUGCUUCUGUGGCUGCCAAAGCUCAACACCUGGGAAUUCUUCCUUGGAGGUGGCCACAGGGCUGAGGGAGAUGGGAGCAGUGAUGGGGGCAGGGAUGGGACUCAGGGACACAGUGAAUGACCCCUGAUACAAUGACCUCACCACCAAUGACCGUGACCCUAGUAGACAGCCUCCAACCCAAUAACCUUCUCACUUGAGACUGUCUAGCUAUAAACUCUGACUCCCCCCAAGUUGCCCACUGACCUUGACCUCACACUGACCCCUAGACCUUCAGUAUCCAGGAAGGGCCCUGUGACUCUACCUCCCCAUCAA